AAAAUCAAGUCCCAAAGGCAACUUCCUCAACCGGCCAGCCCCCACUUUCUAUUUUAAAAAACAAAUCUUUAUUCUUUGGGGUUGAAAAAACAGUGCAGAAAAUAAAAGUCAUGAGUAUGUUUUCAUGCUUUUAGGCUGUAAUCUGAGUGCCACUAAUCCCAUAUCUCAAUAUUCAUCCAUUUCCAUCUAACUGAAAAGUAAAAAGACUGAUUCUUGGUGAUGAACUAUACACAAAUUUUGACUAAAGAUACCAAAGUUGUGACUUUUUUCUCUGUUCUGUUAUACAAGUAGUUUUCAUUUGAGGUUCUUGGAGUUGGGGUUUUCUUGGUCUUUAGAAAUUGGUUGAAAAAUGGGUUCAAAUGAUAGGCUAUUUAACAGACAAAGAAGUCUUCAUCAGAUCCUUGGAGGAGGUUUUGUUGCGGAUGUUGUUCUAUGGAGGCGAAAAGAUGUGACAGUGGGAAUUCUUGUAAUUACAUUGUUUGCUUGGGUGGUCUUUGAGAUAUCUGGUUAUACACUCCUAUCAUUAGUUUCAAGUGUUUUCUUGCUGCUCUUCACCAUUUUGUUUCUGUGGGCUAAAUCAGCUGCAAUUCUUAACAGACCAGCUCCGCCUCUGCCGCAUCUGUAUCUCUCUGAAGAAAUGGUAAAUGAAGCAGCAUGUUUCGUCCGCAAUCACAUCAACAUGCUGCUGUCUGCAUCUGAGGAUAUUGCCCUUGGUAAAGACACAAAUAUGUUUGUUAAGGUCUCUGUGGGACUGGUGCUGGUAUCUGUGAUCGGGGGCUUGACCGAUUUCCUCACACUGGGAUACACUAGCAUUGUGAUUGUUCUUACAGUUCCUGCACUCUAUGAGAAGUAUGAAGACCAAGUUGAUGCAUGUAUCUUAAUAGCAUACAGGAAAUUGCGGCACUUCUAUUAUAAAUUUGAUGCAGUAUGUGUUAGCAAGGUUCAAAGAUUGAUUUUGGAAAAGGAGAAAUUAAGCUAAACCAUUUUCUCUGAAUUUGUUAAGUUGUUUUCAACUUUUUGGUUCUUUUUUAAUUUUAAAUUUUUUAGUAGGGGUGAGUGGUGGCGGCUGGGGGGAGGUUGUUUGGGGUCUAUGGUUUUGGUAGCCUUUGCCAUAUAUCUUGGUUUCUUUCCCAUUCUUUCUCUUUCUCAUCGGAAGUGAAGUGUGGAGAGCAAGUGCUCUGAGGGGCACCAAAAUAUGAGAGAUUGUAAUUUGCACAUAUACUGUGUACGUUUCCUCAAAAAUUGAUACGGAAGAUUGAUAUAUAGCUGAUUUGAACUAAUUCGGAUUGAA